AUGGAACGGGAUAGGCCUGAGGACACGGAACAGGAGUCUAUUAAACCCGUGUCUUCACUCCUCUCACAUUUUGAGAAUUUGAAUCGUAAGGAGGGUAAACGGGAAGCUCCAUCCAGUGUUCUACAGGCACAUCUAACAAAUGAUGAUAUACCUAUCGCCCGUGCUUCGUUGGACCUUCCGCGCCGCGAAUCGCAGUGGGCACCAUCCCACGUCGAAGCUCAAAACACAUUUCGAGGACCCUUACAGCCUACUCAGACAGGAGAUUCUCCAAGUAGACGACGUUUUACCCGGCCAUUUUCGAUGAGCAUACAAUCUACGCCUCCUCGCGGCCCAACUUUGACCGUUGAAUCACCGAGAUCACCUCCUUAUAAAAGCCUCAUCCCAUCUACAAGACCCCUCAUUGGUAGCUCACCAAAGGCUCGUGGGACAUCUGCUCCGGUCAAUCGGGGCCAUGACGAUCCCUCUACUCGAGAAACACCACUCUUGUCGGAUACUGGUCUGAGUGCCUCUCCCCGCACACUUGCAGACUAUGGCCAGGAUGCUAGUAAAAGCCCUAUUAAAAGUUCAUCCCAGCCUCCACCGGUUAACAGAGCUGAAAAACCCAAAAUACCUGCUAAAAGACCAGGGAUCGUGAGCAAUAUAGAUACCAGCGCCAAUACUCUGCUUGCUGCGCAAAAAACUGCCGUCGACGACAAAAUCUCCCCCUUUAGUACGCCUCCUAGUAGCCCUGAGAAGUGGUCAUCAUUACCUGUGUUUAGGGGACGCUCUCCAAAUGGCCCCUUCCCCUCCCAUUUCUCUUCGGAUUCGCCCGGCAACCCUGUUCGCCAUAGACCUAACGUUCAGUCUCCACCUCGCUUGCACGAUACUUAUCCCAGAGAAUUGAGCCCUUCAAACCGAACGAAACCCAAACCGAUUCCUAAUCGGGAUACAAAACCUCCCCCGCCGCCACCUCCAAUGAAGCGGAAUGGAACCCUGUCCAAAAAGUCGAGUACUGUGCAGACCAUCGCGAGCAAGCUGGCCACCAGUGACGACUCAGAAGGCAAACCGGAUUUGCCCCCAAGAUCACGAUCUCCCGCUUCCCGAAAUAUUCUUUUAUCUCGAUCACUCCCACAAACUGGCCCGGAGAGCUCAAACCAUCCUCCUUUAUCAGCCUCGCUGCAAUCCUAUGAUGCGGCCCAGAAACCAUCGAUGCGGGUUCUGGGCGGCGAAUCAACUGUAAAUUUCCCACCGCCUCCUCCCCCUAGACGCGACACGAGCAAUUUGUCUAUGAGACAGACUGCGGAUAAUCUACCGAGUUCGACGCCCCAGACCCCAAUAUCAUCUGUACCUCCUCGAAUACCGGCCGCCGUGUCAAAUACAUUAUCCAAGCUCCACAUAACGUCUAACGCUGCCCGUGAUGUCGAAAUCCGCUCCGUUGACGAAGCCUCUAUACCAAAAAUGGACUAUCCAGAUGCUUCAUAUACAAACCGUCGCCCACCAGUUUUUCGCUCCGGCACUCGUGCUAUUCAUACAAAAUAUGAUACUCGAGUGUUUGAUGUCUGUGGGCAAUAUGCUUGUAGCACGGGGUACUUUACAAGAGUUUGGGAUCUUGUGACGGGAGAACAGCUAUUAAAUUUAAGUCAUGGUGAGUCUGUUAAAGGUUUAGCCAUUGCCUUUAAACCGGGGAGGACCGUGGAUCAAGAAGGCAAGGCAAUCUGGGUUGGAAUGAGCACGGGAGACAUUUGUGAAGUCGAUAUUAUGACACAAGCAAAUGUAGCGUCGAGAUCAUCUCCAUCCAGACGAGAAAUCAUCAAGAUUUUCCGCCACAAAAAGGAGCUUUGGACGCUUGACGACGAUGGCAAAUUGCUUUUGUGGCCUCCGGACGAGUCAGGCGCGCCGAACCUUCACUACAGUUACAACAAUCCCUAUGACAGAGUUCCAAAAGGGCACACAUUUUCGAUGGUUGUUGAUGGGAUUUUAUGGUAUGCGACAGGGAAAGAAGUCAGACUGUAUAAGCCUAGCGCAGCCGAUACGUCUUUUCAAAUUCUCAGAUCUCCUCUUGGCAAAUUUCAUUCCGGCGAUGUAACAGCUGGCGCCGUUUCUACGAGGAACGGAGGUGUCGUUUACUUGGGGCAUGCUGAUGGAAAAGUUACCAUGUAUUCCGCUCAAAGCUUUGCAUGCUUAGGGAUUGUCAAUGUCAGUGUCUAUAAGAUAAGCUCACUUGCGGUUGUUGGUGAUUAUCUAUGGGCCGGUUACAAAACUGGCAUGAUAUACGUAUAUGACACUGCUUCGGACCCGUGGAUAGUGAAAAAGGAUUGGGAGGCACACCAUCAUGGCGUCUGUGGGCUACUGUUAGACCCUAGCAGUAUUUGGACCGUUAAUAAACUCCAAGUGGUUUCCUUGGGUGUUGAUAGUCAUAUCCGUAUAUGGGAUGGAAUGCUAGAAGACGACUGGCUAGAAGCUAAGAUGCAUAGUCUGGAUGUUGACUACUGCAAAUUCCGUGAAAUUUCAACUGCUAUCGUUACAUGGAAUAUAGGUGCUACAGUUCCAGGGAACCUUCCAAACAGCAAUUUCAUAGCAGAGGCGAUUCAUCCAGAAGAUCCCCCUGAUAUUUUGGUAUUUGGUUUCCAGGAGCUUGUUGAUCUUGAGAAUAAGAAGAUCACAGCAAAGAGUUUCUUAAAAGGCAAUAAACGAAAAGAUCACGAAGCGGAAAAUGUGAGCCGGCAGUACCGUGUUUGGAGAGACCACCUUGCCUUGUGCAUUCGCGAAUUUAUGCCACUUGAUACGUCCUACGUAUUGCUCCACACGGCGAGUCUUAUUGGGUUAUUUAGUUGCGUUUUUGUGAAACAAGAUGAACGCCAAAGGAUUACGAAUGUAAAUGCUUCGGAAAUCAAACGAGGAAUGGGAGGUCUGCACGGAAACAAGGGCGCUCUUGUUCUCCGUUUUAUCAUCGAUGAUAGUUCACUUUGUUUCAUCAACUGCCAUCUAGCUGCUGGUCAAACACAAACAGCCAGCCGUAACAAUGACAUUGCUGCAAUAAUGGAAAACGACUCUCUUCCAGCAGAGCCGAGCUCCUCAACACGCAUCGAUCAUUACGUUGGUGGUGGUGAUGGGUCCAUGAUUCUUGAUCAUGAGAUUUGUAUACUGAAUGGUGAUUUGAAUUAUCGUAUUGACUCGAUGCCUCGAAAUACCGUACUGGAAGCCAUUAAGGCAAACAAUUUACCAAAGCUCUUAGAUCGAGACCAGUUACUGGCAUCAAAACGCAAAAACCCUGGCUUUAGACUUCGGUCAUUCAACGAGGCUCCGAUCACAUUUGCUCCGACAUAUAAGUACGAUGUUGGCACUGACAAUUACGAUUCCAGCGAAAAGAAGCGCUCGCCCGCAUGGUGCGAUAGGCUUCUUUAUCGGGGUGUUGGUAGGAUCAAGCAGAUAGAGUACCGACGGCACGAAGUCCGUGCAUCCGAUCAUCGACCUGUUAGCGGUUUGUUUAAGAUGCGAGUCAAAAAUAUUUCCCCUCAAAAACGUACCGCCGCAUGGGAGGCAUGUCAAGCAUUAUUUCUUCAAGAAAAACGUCGCUUAGCGACCGAAGCAAGUGUUGACUAUUUGGUCUGCGUUCUCGGUGUUGACCCAAAUGAAGCUGAAUCGAUGAUUUCUAAGACUUAA